GCCUUCUGGUACCUUGGUAGCAUCCGAAACAGCAUCAGCCAUAACGACAGAAAUGGCCAGUCAGUCUCAGGGUAUCCAGCAGCUCCUGCAAGCUGAGAAGCGGGCGGCUGAGAAGGUGGCAGAUGCCAGAAAGAGGAAGGCCCGGCGUCUGAAGCAGGCAAAGGAGGAGGCCCAGAUGGAGGUGGAGCAUUACCGUCGAGAGCGAGAGCAGGAAUUCCAGAGCAAGCAGCAGGCGGCCAUGGGCUCCCAGGGGAACCUCUCAGCUGAGGUGGAGCAGGCUACGAGACGCCAGGUACAGGGCAUGCAGAGCUCCCAGCAGAGAAACCGUGAACGCGUCCUGGCCCAACUUCUUGGCAUGGUCUGUGACGUCAGGCCCCAGGUCCACCCCAACUACCGGAUUGCUGCCUAGAAUUCACCAUAGGACCUGACUGUUCCCUUCCAGUUCCCUUCCUCAAAGAAACCCCCCAAACAAAAUUACCACCUGCCAUCUUCACUGCUUCUUUCCUAUUUUCUCUCCUUUCCAUUCCCUAGAAAUUCUAGGGGCAAGAUCCAAUAACUCUGUGAAAAGUACCCUGCUCAGAUCUGAGUCUCCUUACUGUUCUUUAACCUUCACUGGGACCUUGUAAACUCCCAAGUCACUCUCACCGAAACCCUCUGUGAAAUUUGUAGCAUGGAUAAGUAGGGAUGUGGAAAAAACACUUUGACUUCAGAGCCUGGAAGCCUUGGGUUCCUUUCCCAACCCUGCCACUUUCUGGCUGUGCACCUAGGACAGCUACUUAAUCUGUAGUCCAGUGUCCUCCUUUGCAAGACUGGCAUGAUGCUGAUGGUGAUAAUAACAAUAAUACCUACCUUACGGGACUGCUGCAAUGAUUAGGAAUCACUCUGUAAAGAGCCUAGCAUGGUUUUUGGCAUGUAGUUGCUGUGAUUCCAUAAAUGUCUGCCCUAUGAUAUUAUUACCACCCGUUGCCCACCGUCAAAACCAAAACACAACUGUUUCCUCACAUUUGUCAAUGGCUGUCUAAAUCACUCACUCAUUCUGUGAACCUAGUAAUUUUUCUGAAGAAUUGGUUCUUCCCACCUCUCUUUUCCCAGAGACUUUAUGGUCCCUGAAAAGGAAAUGAAGACCUCGUUUAGCCUCUCUACUGUGGUUCCAGGAAGAUGUUGCAUUUCGUAGUCUCUCUUUUUGUCUCUAAAUUGGUCUUUCUUUUUAUUGGAUUUUUCCCUUUCCUUUUCCGAUUUCCCCAAAGACCCAUCAGAUGCUCACUGCUUCCUGAGAUGUAAAGUGAUGCUGUGUUCCUUUGUAUGCAUGGCCUCCCUUUCUACAUCCUUAGCAUCCUUUCCUUUGUAACAAUAAGAAAGUGUCAAUAAUAAUAAUAAAAAUAAAACCUUUGGGCAAAUCAGUUGGUGUGUGGAAGCAGCUUCCUUUUUGCUUCAUCAUUUCUCACUUUCAUUCACUCUCUUGUUCCUUAUUUACAUAUUCCCCAAAUACCCCAAAGCGCUGUCCUUUGAAGCUUGUUGGAAAAAAUAAAAGCAACUAGUAUGUUAUUGUUUCUCUUAAAUGAGGAACAUAUGUGGUUCCUCGUUGGGAAUCCGAGAACUACAAUGGCAACUAUAGAGAAAAGCUGGGGUGUAUUAACAAGCACUCUUUGCUCCUUAUUUUGCAUUAUUUUUCUUCAUGGCACUUAUUACUACUUGACAUUUGUUUAUAUGUUGUCUUCCCUGGAAUGUGAACUCUGAUGACAGGGCUGUUCACCGAGUCCCCGGAUCCUAGGUUAGCGGUUGGCACAGGGUAGGCAGCUGAUAAAUACUGUUGAAUCAAUUGAUACUUAAAGUCGGAAACAUCAUCCUUGGAUCACUGUUCCUUCUCUUGGCCGCAGAACAAUGCCUACUUCACCAAAGACUUGAACCAAUGAGGUAAUCCAUAGGGUAAUUAUUAACCGGACUCUUCAAGCAGGGAGGCAGGAUACAAUAGAGACUAAACGACUUUUAAACAGCUAGCUUUAUUUUGGAUCUGUUGCUUUGUUUGUUGUAGAAUGGCAAUAAUGGUACCUAUUCCUUACUGUUAAGUGGCUAACUGGUAACAGGUAAAGAGCCGAAUGUUUGCUGUCAUUUUUGUUGACGUCACAUCUGACUUUGGUAGCAUAUCAAAGACUGGGUUAUCAAAUGCUUCAUUAAGGAAAAAAUUCAAGCUCAACAAUGGGGCUGCUGGAGGCGGGGCUAAAGACAUUCUGGUCGAAUUAACAAUAUUUAUAUAAUGUUGCCUAAACCUCAAGCCCCACCACUUCUUUAAAACCUGAGGCAGAAUCCACUCAGUGGAUUUAGAACACCUUCCAGACUCGAAUUUCCUGUCCCAUAGCCUGAGGGCCCUUGGGGCAUCAACUACAUCGGCCAACAUUUUGGGCAAGGGGAAAGGGUAAGACCCCUACGCGCGGCUCAGACUCAUUC